AUGCCUUCAGUCAGUCCACUGAACGCCCACAAUAUGCAGAAUCACGUUAAACAUGCUCUUACUGACUUUAUGAAGCUUGAGAAAAUAGGAGAAGGCACCUACGGGGUUGUGUACAAAUGUCGUAGUAGAUUAACGAACCGGGAUAUGGCCCUUAAGAAGAUUCGACUCGAAAAUGGGGACGAAGGUGUGCCGUCAACAGCAAUCCGUGAGGUUGCUCUCCUUAAAGAGCUUCAGCACCCCAAUAUUGUCAGGUGA